GCAGUAGGCUCGGCGGGAAGAAGUGUCUGUGCUGCCUUUUGCAUGCGACUCUGUUUCCAGCCCCAAGUUCUCUCGAUAUCGGCACCUCAUGGGAUGCUAUAAUGCGCCGCUGUCUUCUACUCCGUGAUUCCGGCUCCUUCCCUCUCUCCGCUUCCGCGAAAGCUCAGACCCUUGAGAGUGAAAGAACACGACAUUUAUGAUCAUGGCUGACGCUGUCGACGAGAAGCGGCAAAGCCUCGAGAAGAGGCGAUCAACUGACGACCCGGAGGUCACCACAGUCUCCGUUAACGAUGAAUACGGGGACGAGGCGCUCCAGCUCGUCGGGAAGGAACGUCAGAUAGAGUUCAGCGAGGAAUACUAUGCAAAACUCCGGAGGAAACUUGAUUGGUGGAUCCCGCCGUUGUGUGCCUCGGUGUACUUCACUCAGUUCCUAGACAAGACAUCGCUCAACUAUGCGAGUAUCAUGGGCUUGCCUAUCACGGGGCAGAAAUACAAUCUGGUCGCAUUGGCCUUCUAUCUGGGAUUCCUAGUUUGGGAGUUUCCAACCGUUUACCUGUCACAGAAAACUGGACGUGUGGCGAAGUAUCUUGGCGCGAACAUCAUUCUGUGGGGAAUUAUUCUCAUGCUUCACGCCGUCACUGCUUCUUUUGGAGCAUUCUUUGCUUUGCGCUUCCUGCUCGGCAUGUGCGAGAGCUGUGUCGCACCCACUCUAAUCCUCAUCAUCUCCAUGUUCUAUCGCAAGGAUGAACAGGCGCGACGGAUAUCUUGGUUUUACGUCAUGAACGGUCUUACCCAAGUAUUCGGCGGCUUCGUGGCAUAUGGUGUCAGCUUUUACAGUGGCAAGGCUCUGGCGCCUUACAAGAUCAUCUAUUUCCUGUUAGGAGGCAUGGCGAUCGUGGUUGGCUUGCUCGUGACAUUUUUCAUGCCGGAUUCGCCUAUCCAUGCGCCCCUUCUGACUAAAGAGGAGCGCGUCGCUGCACUUGAACGUGUACGGGAGGACCAAGUGGGGGUCGAAAACAAGGUUUUAAAGCGCGAGCAGGUCAUUGAGGCUCUGUCAGACCCGCGGACGUGGUUGAUUGUGCUGACGACGAUGCUCACUAGCAUCCCCAAUGGCGGUCUGAGUAAUUUCAGCAAUAUCAUCAUUAAAAACUUCGGUUAUACUUCCAAGCAAGUCCUAAUCCUCAGCACCCCUGGUGGUGUCAUUGGCUCCCUCACGGUCUUGGCAUGCGGCUGGUAUUCAGACAAACGCAAAGAGCGCAUGCUACCAAUCGUCUUCUGCCUAGUUCCCACCAUCGUUGGCUUCGCUAUUUUGAUCGGUUUGGCUCACUCCGGCCAGAAAGGCGUUCUCCUAUUUGGGAGUUACUUGACGGGCACUUUCGGUUCCGCCCUAUCUUCCGUUUACGCGUACAAUGCGUCCAAUACGGCUGGGCACACGAAGAAGUCUACUAUCAAUGCCUUGACCCUGGCAACAUUCGCUCUGGGUAACAUCAUCGGGACGGAGAUUUUCUUGCCUAAGGACGCUCCGGACUACCUCCCUGGCAAAAUCGCGGUCAUGGUGUUACUGACCGUUCAGAUCGCGGUCUCUUACCUUCUCAGAUGGAUCAACAUUCGGAUGAACAGGCAGAAACGGGCUGCGUUGGAAGCCGAAAUAGCACGUCAAGGCUGGACAGAACAAGAUGUGCAGAAGCAGAGGGAGCGGCACGCAUUCGCGGACCUCACCGAUAAGCAGAACAUAUUUUUCGAGUACACGAUCUAAGGUACAUAUUCGGGAACCGCACGUUGUAGUAAUACUUCGCGUAGUUCCAGUCCGAAUAAUGCACAGCUAUUAGUGCUUUCGUUGUUCAUUCAUUGAUUCAAUUGCGACGAGGUUCC